AUGGGCGCAACUGGUAACUGGAUGCUUAUAAAGAUUAUUAAAUUGUUUGGUGCUCUGACCCCUUUGGAACCUCGGCUUGGUAAAAAAUUGAUAGAACCUCUUACAAAUCUCAUCCACAGUACAUCUGCAAUGUCUCUGCUGUAUGAGUGUAUCAACACUGUAAUUGCAGUACUGAUAUCCAUUUCUUCAGGGAUGCCCAACCAUAGUGCCUCUAUUCAGCUGUGUGUCCAGAAGCUCAGGAUACUAAUCGAAGAUUCGGAUCAGAAUUUGAAAUAUCUUGGAUUGCUGGCAAUGUCAAAAAUAUUGAAGACUCACCCUAAGUCAGUCCAGGCUCAUAAAGAUCUAAUUAUGCAGUGUUUAGAUGACAAAGAUGAGUCUAUAAGGCUUAGGGCUCUCGACCUCCUGUAUGGAAUGGUUUCAAAGAAAAAUUUGAUGGAAAUAGUGAAAAAGUUGAUGAUACAUAUGGACAAAGCAGAAGGAACAACAUACAGAGAUGAAUUACUGUCCAAAAUAAUCCAGAUAUGUUCACAGAACAAUUAUCAGUACAUAACUAACUUCGAAUGGUAUGUGAGUGUCUUGGUUGAAUUAACACGUAUGGAAGGAAGCCAACAUGGGUCACUAGUUUCUUCCCAGAUGUUAGAUGUAGCGAUACGUGUGCAGGCAAUUCGUCCAUUUGCUGUUCAACAGAUGGAGUUGCUGUUAGAAAAUGCACAUUUUUUGACAUCUGGUACUGGUCAGAGUUCGACAAUGGCAGAAGUACUGACAGCCGCUGCCUGGAUCUGUGGAGAGUUUCCAGAGUACUUAAGAGAUCAGCAGAGUACUUUGGAGGCAAUGAUACGAAGCAGAGUUUUUGGAUUACCAGGACAUAUUCAGGCUGUGUAUGUUCAGAAUAUAUUAAAACUUUUUGCAAGUAUUUUUGUGCAGGCAGAACAGAAGAAAGAUGUGGAAAGAAUAUCUAAGGUUUGCAAAAUGAUUGCCAGUAAUCUCCCCCAGUUUGUUUCCAGUGCAGAUUUGGAAGUUCAAGAACGCUCCAGCUCAGCUCUACAGUUGGUGCUUUACAUAGAGAAGCUUGUGAACAAAGGAGAUUUAGACAUAGCUGGUGAAGUAGCAGCUUUAUUUAUUGGAGAACUAAACCCUGUUGCACCAAAGGCUCAGAGAAAGGUUCAAGUACCAGACGGACUUGACCUAGAUGCUUGGAUCAAUGAUCCACCAUCAGAAUCAUCGGGAAGUGGUGACGAUGAAAAUGAUGAAGGUUUUGUAAAAGUUACUGAUAUCUUUGUUAAAUCUGAUAAUUUAUCAGAAAGUUAUACAAAAGUCAUUCGCCCUCAGAAAGAACCGACAGAAGAAGAACUGCAAAAGUCACGAAGGGCACGAAAAUUGGAACAAGAAAAUAAUCCUCACUACCUCAAGCCUAGAAAAUCAAGCAUUGGUAAGAAGACUGAUGAACUGCUUGACAUACCAGUUGCCCAGUUAGAUAUUCCAGUCACCUUAAGGGUGCCAGGUUUGGCAUCCCCCGAUAAAUAUAUAAUGAAGAACUCAAAAACCCAUAGCAGAAAGAAGAAGAAAAUGUCCAAAGGUAAAAAACGUCUGUCCAGUGAAGAGGAGGAUUUGUCUCACCCAGUUCAUCUGGUGAAUACCGACAAGGGAGAAAUGCCGGAAGGAGCCCAAUCAUCUGAGGAUGACACAGAUACAAGGCCAAAUGAUGAUCCCCACAGGGCUCUUGAUAUCAACUUGGAUGAACCUCUUCGAGAAGAUGAAGCACUUGCUGUGCCACAUUCUCAUAGUGCCUCCAGUGUAUCCACUAAAAAAGAUUCCAAUGAUCUCAGUAAAAAAAAGUCUGUCAAAACUGAAGAAGCUAAAACUGUAAAAAAGUCAAAGAAGGGCUCUAAAUCUGGAGUUAAGAAGAAAAAAUCUGGACGACGUCAUCCCAAAGAGGCAGUGGAAGAUCAGUCGACAACUGCUGACAUGCUGACUCUGGAUGAACACUUGGAUAAGCCUCUGGUUGAACCAUUUACUACCAACCCAACAUCUGGGCUUCUGUUAGAAAGUGAAGGAAAACUAAUAACAACUGAGGCAAAUGGAAAAGAACCAAGUACUAAAAAAGAAAAAAAGAAAACAAAAGAUGGGAAAAAAUCGAAGAGAAAAGUCAUCUCGAAGCUAAAAGAGGGCUAUGAAGAAGCAUCAGGAAUAUCAACUCCAUCAAAAGAAGUUGUGACUGAACAGUCUAGUAGUGCAAUCACAGGAGGGGCAGGGACAGAAAUAAACCCUCCAUUCUCCUGCUUAUCAUCAUUCUCGAGACUGGCUAGUGACAACUCAGUGGAAAUGGUGUAUGGAACGAGCCUGUGUGAAACUGAUGAGGUGGCUAUAACUGUAGUGUUGAAGAAUCAGUCACCUUCUCUCUUGAAAGAAUUUUGUUUCUCAGUCAGCAAUACAUCUUUGGUGAAAUUAAUAAAACCAGAGCUAAAUGACGAUUAUGGGUUAAAUCUUAAUUUGACCUUACCUCCCAGUGGCUCAACUGAAUUGCAGCUAUUUUUCCGAGUACUUAGCGUUGACCAGUCUCAUAAAUUACGGGGAACCCUUACUUACAUGGUUCAGUCAUCUGAUGACAUGUCAUCACAUGAGAAGCUGGACUUCUGGGUCAACAUUCCAUGCUCAACUUUUAUGAUAGCCAGAGUAUGUGGAGCAGAUACAGUGUCUGAUCUACUUACAAGUGGGCAGCUUCCCUACCACAACUCAUUUCAUCUUAAGAAUAUCAUGCAAGACACAGCUCAGAUGAUAUCGCAGAUCUGUUUCCACUGUAAUUUUGUUCUUGUGGAACAAAUUGAAAAUACAGCAUCUUUGUACAGCCGAUCAGUUGAUGGAUCUCAUAUAUGUUUGUUACUUAAGGUGGAUCGUUCGUGUACAGCAAUAUCAAUUGAUGGUAAAAGUGACAAUGAGGUGCUACUAAGCAAUAUCAUCAGUGAAAUAGAGAAACUACUUCAGCCUGGCUCUUGAUUACUUUUGUAAUUAAUUAAUGGGGGUCUGGGAUAUGAAUCGUUAUUUAGUCAAAAUACUGACAUGAAUCUUCCUGAAUGAUUGC